CGCUACUCACCACGAUAUCGGUCCGUCGUAACGACUCUCCUCAUCCUCCUCUGCAUACCGAUCUUCUUCUACCACCUCAUACCAAGAUAUACUUCCGCCACCGACGGCAUAAUAUCCUCGCUGGCACACAAAUUACAUCCUGCUGGGACGACGAGCAGUUUCUGCACAAAAGAGGUUGGAUCACUGCAGUGCUGCGCAUUAUACCUGGCUGCUGCGCCAUGUCAGGAUGAAUGCAGGAAGAACAAUAUGGACAGGGAGACGUUGGCUUUGACAAAGGAGUAUGAUGAGUGUACGGAUCAGUGUCUGGUCGGAUACAACAAGACUUGU